CCCGCCCCGGCCCUGCUCCGCUGCCGCUGCCUCCAGCAGCCGCCGCCAUGAAGCUGACCGACAGCGUGCUGCGGAGCUUCCGCGUCGCCAAGGUGUUUCGCGAGAACUCGGACAAGAUUAACUGCUUUGACUUCAGCCCCAACGGCGAGACGGUCAUCUCGAGCAGCGAUGACGACUCCAUCGUGCUUUAUGACUGCCAGGAGGGCAAACCAAAGAGAACCCUGUACAGUAAGAAAUAUGGCGUGGACCUCAUCAGAUAUACUCAUGCAGCAAACACAGUCGUUUACAGCUCUAACAAAAUAGACGAUACUAUUCGUUACCUGUCCUUGCAUGACAACAAAUACAUCAGAUAUUUUCCUGGACAUAGCAAAAGGGUGGUGGCCUUGUCCAUGUCACCUGUGGAUGACACUUUCAUUUCUGGGUCUCUUGAUAAGACCAUUCGACUCUGGGAUCUCCGGUCUCCUAACUGCCAGGGUCUUAUGCAUCUACAGGGCAAGCCAGUUUGUUCUUUUGAUCCAGAAGGGUUAAUUUUUGCUGCAGGUGUCAAUUCUGAAAUGGUCAAACUUUAUGACCUUCGCUCUUUUGAUAAGGGGCCAUUUGCGACCUUUAAGAUGCAAUAUGAUCGAACUUGUGAAUGGACAGGACUUAAGUUCAGCAAUGAUGGCAAACUCAUCCUCAUCUCCACCAAUGGCAGCUUCAUCCGUCUCAUUGAUGCAUUUAAAGGAGUAGUGAUGCACACGUUUGGGGGUUAUGCCAACAGCAAAGCCGUCACACUUGAGGCCUCGUUCACUCCAGACUCCCAGUUUAUUAUGAUUGGUUCAGAGGAUGGCAAGAUCCAUGUCUGGAAUGGAGAGAGCGGUAUAAAAGUAGCUGUGUUGGAUGGCAAACACACAGGCCCUAUUACCUGUUUGCAGUUCAACCCCAAGUUCAUGACCUUUGCCAGUGCAUGUUCCAACAUGGCCUUCUGGUUGCCCACCAUUGAUGACUGACCUUAAUGCUGUUCAGCUGUUUCCGAGGGUGGCCAGCAGGAAAAAACUCAGAGGGGACUGAGAUAAUAGUGGGAUUGGAAUAUUUGACUGGACUGGAGAGCAUCCUUCCACAUGGCCCUCCCAUGGAUGUGCUGUACAUCUGCUCAAAAGAAAAAAAAUACUUUACUGAGCUUCUUCAAAAGGACUCUUGGUGCGGCAGAUUCACACGGGACUCAGAUUUUCCAGCUGUCAUUGCACUGAGCUCCUCCAGAGGAGUGACCAGACUCAUGAUUAGGGUAUAGUGGGGCCCUUAAGACGCCUUCAGUUUUGAAUGUAUUUGCUGCUAAGGAGCCGUUGAAGUUGUUAAUUCUGCACAUCCCCAGUUGUUAAUUCUCCCACCCCCAUAAAUGCAUGGGAAGCCACAGUUCUGGUUUUGAGCUGCUAAGGCAGCUCAGUGCCCCUUGCCCUUACCCUGCAUGUCUUGUUACUGGGUCUCCCUGUGUCAUUGUGGUAUAAUCCACAAUCAUCAUGUUACUUAGGUGCCAAACAUUUACAGAAAUAAGUCUUCAUAUAUCUUGGUGUCAGAAAUGGACAGAUACAGAAAGACCUUGCUUUCCAAAAAGCCUUGCAAGUUAGGUGUUUGAGGGUAUGUGAUCUAGGCAUGCCUCAGGCUUUGAGUGUUGGGUGGGAAAAGGCCCAAGAGGAUGAAAGAGAGGGAGGGUAGCAGGUGAGAGUUCCUAGGGCUGGGAGGUUUAGCAGCGACCUAGUGUGGGCCCUUGUCAUCAGUACAAACCCAUGGUCCUUCUGGUUGCCUACCCAGUUUGGUUGUAUACAAAAGCAAGGUGGGAGUCUAUUUUUGUACAUGAGAUACAAACAUCACACUUUCCUGUGGGCCAGUAUUGUGGAGUGAGUCUGAGUUGUUUACACUGAUGCCUUCCCUGCCCUCCACAAAUUGUGUAUAUAGUCUCAUGAUAUCACCCCUUUCUCAGCUCCCAACCAUGAGCUGGCUCUAGGCCUGUGUUAUAUGUUAUAUUUAGCUUUUUUAUAUAUGACCUGGGAUUUCUGUUGUUUGUAUUUUAGCACAGUGUGUACACCUUCAUUUAAGUAUAUCUGUGUGUGCAUACAUGUAUUUGUAUGUAUGCAUAUAUAUAAAAUACCUGUCCUUUCUCAGUUUAGCCAAAGGACAUGGAUUCCUACAGCCCCGGGGAAAGUCAGCAUCCUUGCUAAUAGUGUUUGCCACAAGUGUUAGUGAGUCUUCUUUAUUACAUUUUUCUUUUCAGGAGACUGAACGAAGCAUAGCUUCAAGUGUUUGCUGUUCCUGUGGCAGCUAAGUGAGGGUCUUGGGAUAACUCCCUUGUGUUCCUCAAGCCGCACUUUGGGGCCCUCUCUGCAGUAUUAGCCCCCUUUUUUUGCCUGGUGAUGGCUCUGUCUUGUGCCUAUAUAUGUGUGACAGUCACUUUUGCAUGACUUUUGUGUCUGGCUUGCAGUAUUUGGGGACAGGAUGCUAGAACCAGGGCAUUUUCAGUUUGUCUGAGGCUUCUUUACCAAUUACAGGUCACUCCUGUUUACCA